ACCUGAACAUCGUCUGCUUCUUGAAGUGUUUUGAAUUUUGUGGUUUUGGCCUUUUGCUUAUUUCUUUUAAAUCGAAAAAAACAAAAUAAAAGUCUACGAAAACAAAUUAAGUAUCUGUGAAAAUGCUCAAUCUUUUUUUAAAGAAAAACAAACUGUUUCAUCUCAACAAAUGUUAUCAUCAAUUUUCUAGUUCUUCAAAAGACAUUUGGAAAACAAAUGAAACAAAGCUAAGGUGUUUUCACACACCAAGAUCACAUCAAAGUCUCAUACUUGGAAUAGAAACUAGCUGUGAUGAUACAGGUGCCGCAAUUGUUGACUCUAAAGGCAACAUAAUAGGAGAGGCCUUGCAUUCUCAACUGCAAACCCACUUGGCUAUGGGUGGGAUUAUUCCUCCAAUAGCAAGAGAUCUACAUAUUCAAAAUAUCUCUCAAAUUGUGGAAACGGCCCUUCAAAAUGCAAAUUUAAAAGUCAAAGAUCUUGACGCUAUUGCAGCAACAGUAAAACCAGGAAUGCCGCUUUCCCUGGUAGUAGGCACUGAAUUUGCCAAGAAACUGUGCAAAACAUGGAAUGUUCCAUUCAUACCUAUUCAUCACAUGGAAGCCCAUGCCCUGACAGCUCGAAUGGUGGAAAAGGUCGAUUUCCCCUUUCUAGUGCUCUUAGUCUCUGGUGGACACUGUUUACUGGCUGUGGCGAAAAAUGUCGAUGAAUUUCUCUUGCUGGGAGAAAGCGUCGACAGUGCCCCUGGAGAAGUGCUCGAUAAAGUUGCUAGAAGACUCAAAUUGAGAAACAUGCCUGCCUUUUCUACUUUAUCCGGUGGGAAAGCUAUUGAAAUGUUGGCUACGCAAGGCGACGUUACUUCCUUUGAAUACGGAAAUCAACCAAUGUUUAAAUAUAAUGACUGUUCCUUUAGCUUCACCGGAUUGAGAGAAAAAGUCUACAAACAUAUAGGACGCGAAGAAAUCAUUCACAACACGGAAGCAGAUCAAGUGCUACCGUCUGCUGCCAACUUGUGCGCAAGUUUCCAGCACGCUCUAUUUUCCCACAUCUGCAGACGACUACAACGCGGAAUGCAUUACGUGGACAUGAAACAAAUGAUACCGGAAGGCCCAAGAAAGUUGGUUGUAUCCGGAGGCGUGGCAUGCAACGACUACUUCCGCAAAUACCUGAGCAUUAUCUGCGCCGAGAUGAGCUACACCCUUGUUUGCCCACCGCCGAAGCUAUGCACCGAUAACGGAAUCAUGAUUGCGUGGAACGGAAUGGAAAAAUGGACGGCAGGUAUUGGAAUCGCCAAAAAUGCCGACGACAUCGACGCCAUAGACAUUGAACCCAAGGCGAAAUUAGGCGUCGAUAUGACAGAAGACGUGCGGAACAUGAACAUAUCUCUGAAAAAGAAGUGGAUUAAAUUGCUGCCAAAGAAAGUGAAUGUUAGUCAGUAAUAAAAAUGUCUUAAACUAA